GCUCAUUGGUGCUAGCUGCUAAGCUAACUGGUUCAAACGGGUAACCUGUCACAGCCGGGAGCCGCUCACUCGCGCACCGCUGCGCUCCACUCUCUUCCGGAUCGCUCUCUUUUGAUGGGUAACGUCCGACUUUUGUGUUUUUUUAUUUUAUUCUCGAAUAAACAGGCACGGAAAGCGUUAAGCCCGAGAUGUCACGAGAGAUUUCACCCACGUAUCGUCCUAAUGUUAUCGAGCCAGUAGCGUCGCUCGCCCAGUCUUCCGUAGCGCUGGACGCUGGACGUUACAUCCGCCGUGCCGCACACUGGCUCCCCCGCGGACGCCCAACGGAGAACCGUGACAGUCGCUCAGUCGGAUUCAUCAGCCCUCACGCUAACGUUGUAGCAUCGGCUCUCGAAGCUAGCUGGCAAUAAAUCGAUCCGGGCUCAUCUUGGACGUCAUCCGUCGGCUGGCUAACGCAACGCUAGCGUGUCCGCGAUAACCCGGUGGACGCCAGAGAGAUUAGUAAACUUCACCAGAGUAGAUAAAAGUGUUUUACCGGUGAGUGAGCUAAACGUGUAAACUGCCCGCCUUGUAUCUAAGUUAAUACGGCAUAAUGUCCUAAUGCAGGUAUUUGGGGGGCUUUUACUUUGGAGGGCACGCGACGCUGCCCAGCCAUAGCUGUCCAGAAGACAUCCGAGUUAAACAGUAACAUUCGGGCAAUGACCCGAAGGACACUUUUCGGGGUCAUUUGGUAGUUCAUUUUUUUGACGUAGCGCCACACGUAGCUGCGGUAUUUUUAAGUUGUCUCUGUCCAGCACCCCCAUUUACGAAGAUGGAUUUAUUCAUCACGCGGCCCAGAUGAUCUCGGAAACGUUUGUCCACCUGAUGGCAGUCACGCUAUUUGUCUGUGAGUGCCAGGUUAUUAUCCCGGCUCCCUGGGGGUAAAUGCUUAAGACACACCAGCCUGCAAAGCCAGAGGCUUAUGAUCCGGUAGGAUUUGCACGUAGAGGGACAUGAGGGAUCCCACUGCAGGCCACUGUGACCCCCAAUGACCCCGAAUCCCCUUGUUGACUUAACUUGUCAGAUCAAAAAAAGAUGUCUCUCACUCUCCUGACCUUUUGCUUUUUGUGACAGAAUGUGGCUGAAUGGGUUUUUGUUGUUGUUGUUGUUGUUUCUUUUUACCCAUUAAUCAAACAUUUUCCCUAACAGCUGAAGAAGACCACUAAAUGGGGAUAGAUGUUAUUGCCCCGGCAGAGCUGCUGUUCCACUGCUACUGAGCGAAGAAUGACAUUUGUUUCGUUUUAAUUCCUGGAGAUGCCUCAAGCAUUUCAGCUUUGAAUUAAGAGAAUAAAAAAAAAGCAGCUUUUCUCUGCCAAAUUGGUCCAUAUCUCGGCCUAUUUCUCUGCACUGCUGAAGCCUGGAGGGCAAACCGAUCAGAAGGGGGGCUCUGGCUGUACUAGAGGAUUUCACCGUGCUGUUGUCAUUGGUUCGGACAGUUGAGCACAAGGGCCACUUUGAAGGAGCCCACCGGUGUCUGUGGUUCGGCCAAAGCUGACAGACCGCUUGCCAGCUAUUGCUGAUUUAGUUCUCCCGUCCACUGCUGCAGCUUCGUUUUGCUCACCCCGGAAAAAAAGGCCGCUCCAGAGGAGGAUGAAGUUGAGGAAACAGGUGACAGUGUGUGGCGGGGCCAUAUUCUGUGUGGCGGUGUUCUCGCUCUAUCUGAUGUUGGAUCGGGUCCAGCAUGACCCUGCAAGGAGACAGAACGGCGGGAACUUCCCACGGAGCCAAAUCUCUGUUCUGCAAAACCGAAUAGAGCAGCUGGAGCAGCUCCUGGAGGAGAACCACCAAAUCAUCAGCCACAUAAAGGACUCUGUGAUGGAGCUCACAGACACAGGAGCAGUGUCCCCCAGCGGCCACCUGCCAUUUAGGAGCGCCAACGGUUCCUGGGUCCUUCCCUUUGACGGCCGUCCCACCUUCCUAGCUGUCAAGCCCCAGGACUGCCAGCUUGCUUCAGGCAGCCACAGUCAAGCAGAUGUUCAGAUGCUAGAUGUGCACUCCAUCCUCAAGUUUGACAACCCUGACGGCGGCGUGUGGAAACAGGGCUUUGACAUUACCUACGAGCCCGACGAGUGGGACAGUGAGCCGCUUCAGGUGUUUGUUGUCCCCCACUCCCACAACGAUCCAGGUUGGAUCAAGACUUUUGACAAGUACUUCACAGACCAGACGCAGCAUAUUUUAAACAACAUGGUGGUGAAGCUGGCCGAGGAUCCUCGCAGGAAGUUCAUCUGGUGUGAGAUCUCAUUCUUCUCCAAGUGGUGGGAGACGGCAGACGCACCCAAGCAGGAGGCCGUGCGCAAGCUGGUCCUCGGAGGGCAGCUGGAGAUUGUCACGGGAGGCUGGGUCAUGACCGACGAAGCCAACGCGCACUACUUUGCCAUGAUAGACCAGCUCAUUGAGGGGCAUCAGUGGCUGGAGAGAAACCUCGGAGUCACUCCUCGCAGCGGGUGGGCCGUAGACCCGUUCGGCCACAGUGCCACCAUGUCCUAUCUGCUCAAGAGGGCCAACGUGACCAGCAUGCUCAUCCAGAGGGUCCACUACUCCAUCAAAAAACACUUUGCCGCCACGCGCAACCUGGAGUUCAUGUGGAGGCAGUCCUGGGACGCCGGGUCGAACACGGACAUCUUUUGCCACAUGAUGCCGUUCUACAGCUACGACGUGCCGCACACCUGCGGGCCCGACCCGAAGAUCUGCUGCCAGUUUGAUUUCAAGAGGUUACCGGGUGGUCGGAUCAACUGUCCCUGGAAAGUGCCGCCAAAAGCUGUGGUGGACGCCAAUGUAGCAGAGAGGGCAAACCUGCUCCUGGAUCAAUACCGUAAGAAGUCCAAACUUUACCGCAGCAAGGUGCUUCUCGUGCCUCUGGGGGACGACUUCCGCUACGACAAGGCGCUGGAGUGGGAUCAGCAGUAUACAAACUACCAGAAGCUGUUCGACUACAUGAAUUCUCACCCGGAGAUGCACGUACAAGCUCAGUUCGGGACUCUCUCGGAGUACUUCGACGCUGUAUACAAAGCAUACGAUGUGGCCCAGGGGGCCAGACCGCCAGACUACCCAGUGUUCAGUGGAGAUUUCUUUUCCUAUGCCGACCGGGAAGACCACUACUGGACUGGCUAUUUCACCUCUCGGCCCUUUUACAAGAGUCUGGACCGUGUGAUCGAGUCACAUCUCAGGGGGGCAGAGAUCCUCUACAGCUUGGCGGUUGCGAACGCUCGGCACGUGGGCAUGGAGGGGCGCUACCCGGUCUCCGAUUACGCCCUGCUGGUGGACGCGCGGCAGUCCGUUGGCCUCUUCCAGCACCACGAUGCAAUCACCGGCACCGGCAAGGAGAACGUUGCCACGGACUACGGCAACAAAUUACUGCGGGCACUCGUUGGUCUGAAGAGGGUAAUCAUCAACGCUGCUCAUUUCCUGGUGAUGAAAAACAAGGAGUUUUAUCGCUUUUACCAGACGGAGCCCUUUCUGGAGACGGAUGACAGACGUGCAACUCAAGACUCUCUACCUCAGAGCACUUUAAUCGAGCUGGAUCCAACAGGGCCGAGGUACCUGGUUCUGUUCAACCCCGUCGAGCAGGAGCGCCUCUCUGUGGUGACGGUGUUGGUCAACACGGUCCGGGUGCGCGUUCUCACCGAGGACGGACAGACCCUCCCCGUGCAGCUGAGCGCUCAGUGGAGCUCCGCUAGCCAGAUGAGCGCCGAGGUAUUUGAGGCGGCAUUCAUGGUCCGCCUCCCCCCGCUGGGCCUGGCUGUGUUCCACCUCUAUGACUCCCCCGACUCGCCCAUGACGCUCCGCUCCGACACCGUGCUGCGGCUGUCCGGUCGGAGCGUCACCGCUCGGGCCGCCGACCCGCUUCCUGUCCGCUCUCAGCAGUCCGACCCUCAGACCUUCUACGUUAGCAGCCAGUCUCUGACUCUGGGCUUCUCUGGGGCCACUGGCCUUCUAGAGAGUAUCAGGCGGAAGGAUGAUCCUCAGGAAGUGAAGGUUCAGAUGCAGUUCGUCGUCUACGGCACCCGUCCCUCUAAAGACAAGAGUGGCGCCUACCUGUUCCUGCCUGAUGGGAAAGCAAAGCCUUACAACCAGAAAGAGCCACCCGUGGUGCGCGUGGUGGAGGGGCCUCUCUUCUCGGAGGUGGUGGCCUUCUACCAGCAUUUCCAGCAGACUAUUCGCAUUCACAAUGUGCCAGGUGUAGAUGGUUUGUCAAUAGAAAUCACCACCCUGGUGGACAUCAGAGAUCAGACCAAUAAGGAGCUGGCGAUGCGACUGGUCACUGACAUCCAGAAUGGGGACGUCUUUCACACAGAUCUUAAUGGCUUCCAGAUGCAGCCCCGCCGUCACCACCUGAAGCUUCCCCUGCAGGCCAACGUUUAUCCCAUGUCCAGCCAGGCGUACAUCCAGGACAGCCAUCACCGCCUCACGCUGCACACGGCUCAGGCGCUCGGCGUCGCCAGCCUGGAGACCGGUCAGCUGGAAGUGAUUAUGGACCGGCGACUGAUGCAGGAUGAUAAUCGGGGGCUCGGUCAGGGCUUGAAGGACAACAAGAAGACAGCCAAUCGCUUCCGACUGCUGCUGGAGAGGAGAUCGACGGGCAACAAGAUGAUGGACCGCGAAACGACCAGCUUCCCGUCUAUACUCAGUCACAUGACCAACUCCUUCUUAAACCACAAGGUCCUGGCGCUGCCCGUCCUGCCAAAAAGACGCGGCAUCCCUCCCUUGCAAACCUUCGCCCCUCUCAAGUCCAUCCUGCCCUGUGACUUCCACCUGCUGAACCUGCGCAGCAUCCAGAGUCAGGACCCCCAGUCUCCAUCUCCCCACUCAGCUUUGAUUCUCCACCGGCUGGCGAUGGACUGUGGGCUGGACGCUCCAAACCUCGGCUUCAACUGCACCACCACGCAGGGACAGCUGAGCAUAUCGGGACUGUUCAAGGACCUGGACCUGCAGCUGCUGCAGCCCAUGUCCCUGACGCUGAUGCACUCCAGCACGCCUCUGGCCAACGACUCCACCAUCAGCCUGGAUCCCAUGGAGAUCUCUGCCUUCAAGCUGAAGCUGCGUUAAGCUCCGUCGGGACGAAGAGAGGAGAAGAAAAAAAAAAAGAAAAAAAACACCAGACUCCUUGCACCAAAAGAACCGGGCCAGCGGCGGCCACAGACUGGCAACAAAAUGGGGUCUGGGUCCCUCUGUUUUGUCAAGCAGAACCAUGAACUCUGCAGCUCAGAGAAAAGGAGUCCACUGUAACAGGGCUGACUGCACAGCAGGGGGCAGGCAACGGCUGUUACCGUGGACAACUCCAAGAGCAGCAAAAAAAAAAACCCCAGUGAACGGCUAUAAGACAACAAGGAAGACUGCCUGAAUCGCUCAUCAGACACAUCCGGGUGUCACCUGGUUCUGCUUUGUAAGAAAUUGUCCUUUUUCUAUCUUUGCUCCAUCCUGGACUGAACUUCUGAAUGUAAAUUUCCCAAAAGAUGUGUGGGUGGAGGGCUGCGACUGGUGCAAUUUACAAAGCUUUAUUUGGGUGGGUGGGUAUGUUUAUUUUGUUCAUGGAUGCAAUCAAGACACAUCACAGUGAUUUUGUUUUUAUACUUCUUUUUUUUUGACAGACUUUAAUGCAGCGAAGCGAAUGUGUGGUCUCUGCUCGCGAGGAGACCCGUGCUGCAGCUCUUGAAGCUCUUUAUCGUAUGUCUGAGUCCAUCGGCCACUAGUAAUCAUUAAUCACAUCCAAUGACUUUUACCUCCUUUUUGCUGGAUUUUCUUGUCGAUAGUCGACAGACUUUCUUUCACUCUUAUUCCCUCCGUGAGCUUCCUCUUUGCUGGUGAGAAAACGGCCCAUUUCUAAGUUUGUGUCAUUCCUGUGCUCGUACUUGACUGCUGAGUGUUUUGUGGACUAUUCAAAGACUCGACCUCGUAACCACAAGGCAGAUAAAUCUGUAUGAAAGUAUGUUGUGAAUAUGCGAGGAGUUUUUUUUUUUUUUUUGGUGGUGUAUUGAGAUUUACAGUGCACACUAUCAGGGACCAUUCUUAGUACGUCUGUGUCAUCGUUGCGGCGCAGAGGGAGAUUCCCAUUUGAGAUGAAGAGAAACAAAGGUUUGUUCACCCAAUUAAAAAUCAUCCGGUCAUUCAGAUUGGGUUUUCAAAUGUCCAUUCAGAGCUGCCACUUUUUUAAUUUAGUCUAUGAAAUGGCAGGAAAAAAAGUGUAAAACGCAAAAGUUGUUAUUUUUAAUGACUUGUUUUGUACCAACAACAGUCCAAAACACGAGGACAUUAAAGAUUUUCAAACUGGAAAGUAGCACUCAUCAUUUGAGAAGCUAAAAUUGCAGAUUUUGGAUGAAUUUCCUGCUUGUAUGUAAGAGUAUGAUGAAUUAUUGUAUACAGCUAUUAAAUUAUAUAUGUAAAACCCA